UCUAGAUCUAGAAUAGCUAGUCUAGCUACAUUCUGGUUGUUUUUGGCUAUUCGGUGGUUAGUGAGAUCACUCGACCUUCAUUUGUAAAAGGCAAAAGAAGAGUGGUGGUCGCUAAAACUAUGCCUGUUGAAAAGGUUCGUGGUGGCGGUGAGCCAUUCAAAUACCCAUGGACUCUCACAUCUAAGCUGCAGCAGUUUCCUUGGAAGCUUCAAUGGAAGCAUGGUAGAGGCUUACGCUAUUAUACUUACACAUGUGUAGCACUGAUACCCCUGUUUAUGUUCUUGACUAAACAAAGCUAUGCUCCAGCCAAUGUUAAACAGUGGGAUGAAAUCAGGGCAAAGAGACGCCACUCACCUUUUGAUGUCCCUCAUGACCACUAGAUAGAUCAGUUUUAAAAAUAUCAUGGACUAUUGUGCUUUUUUUUUAGAGCUUGAAAGUUAUGUCUAGAAUGUAUUGAACAUUAAUAAACAGUUGUAAUUGUG